AUGGCGCAACUUGACACGUUGGACAUCAUUGUCCUCGCAGUCCUGCUGAUCGGGACUGCUGCGUACUUCACCAAGGGCACCUACUGGGGCAUAGUUAAAGAUCCAUAUGCCUCGAGCUAUGCCGCCGCGAAUGGCAACAAGCCUGGGAAGACGAGGAAUAUCAUUGAGAAGAUGGAGGAGUCUGGGAAGAACGUGGUUGUCUUCUAUGGAUCGCAGACAGGCACGGCAGAAGAUUAUGCCUCUAGACUUGCCAAAGAAGGGAAGGCAAGGUUCGGACUCGAGACAAUGGUAGCUGAUCUGGAGGACUACGAUUACGAAAACCUCGACAAUUUCCCUGAGGACAAGAUCGCAAUGUUCGUUCUGGCCACCUAUGGAGAGGGUGAGCCCACCGAUAAUGCGGUCGAUUUCUACGAAUUCAUAAAUGGGGAUGAUGUUUCGUUCGCCAAUGGUGGGGAUCCCCCACUUGGAAAUCUGAAAUUUGUGGCGUUCGGCCUCGGAAACAACACAUAUGAGCACUACAACUCCAUGGUCCGAAAUGUCUCCAAAGCACUGGAAAAGCUUGGUGCUACAAGAAUUGGCGCAGCAGGAGAGGGAGAUGAUGGUGCUGGUACCAUGGAAGAAGAUUUCUUGGCUUGGAAGGAUCCUAUGUGGACUGAAUUAGCUGAAAAGAUGGGUCUCGAAGAGCGAGAAGCCGUCUACGAACCAGUGUUUGGCAUUACGGAGCGAGAAGGCUUGACGAAAGAUUCUCCAGAAGUGUAUCUGGGUGAGCCAAACAAGAUGCACCUCGAAGGUACUUCCAAGGGUCCUUACAAUGCACACAACCCGUACAUUGCCCCUAUUGCCGAGUCAAAGGAGCUCUUCACUGUCAAGGACCGAAACUGUUUGCAUAUGGAGAUUGAUAUUAGUGGAUCAAACCUCACCUACACCACUGGAGAUCAUAUUGCAGUUUGGCCCACAAAUGCAGGAAAGGAGGUCGAUCGAUUCCUCAAUGUUCUUGGCCUGAUCUCCAAGCGAGACAGUGUCAUCAGCGUUAAGGCUCUAGACGCAACUGCGAAAGUCCCAUUCCCAACCCCAACAACAUACGAUGCGAUUGCCAGGUAUCACAUGGAAAUCUGUGCUCCUGUUUCUCGACAAUUUAUUGCUACCCUGGCGCCUUUCGCCCCAACUGAAGAAGCCAAAGCUGAGAUGGGAAAACUUGGAUCUGACAAAGAUUACUUCCACGAGAAAAUGACCAACAAAUAUGUCAAUAUUGCACAAGCGUUGGAGAGCGUGUGCAGUUCAGCAAAGUGGUCCGACAUUCCAUUUUCAGCUUUCAUUGAAGGACUGAACAAAGUUCAACCUCGGUACUACUCAAUUUCAUCUUCGUCUCAUGUCCAGAAGGACAAAAUCUCAAUCACAGCCGUGGUCGAAUCAAUGGAGAUUCCUGGACGAGCAGAUGCAUUGAAGGGUGUUACUACCAACUAUCUUUUAGCAUUGAAGCAAAAACAGCAUGGAGACCCUCACCCAGAUCCCCAUGGUCUCACUUACGAGAUCACUGGGCCAAGAAACAAGUACGACGGAGUUCACGUACCUGUUCACGUGCGCCACUCCAACUUCAAGCUACCUUCAGAUCCUGCAAAGCCAAUCAUUAUGGUUGGUCCAGGUACUGGUGUAGCACCAUUCAGAGGUUUCGUCCAAGAGAGAGCCGCUCGAGCGAAGGCCGGCGAGAACGUCGGAAAGACAAUCCUCUUCUUCGGCUGCCGGAAAUCAACAGAAGAUUACCUUUACGCGGAUGAGUGGAAGCAAUACCAAGAAGACCUCGGCGACAACUUCCAACUUAUCACCGCCUUCUCUCGCGAAGGUGCCCAGAAAGUCUACGUCCAACACCGGUUACAAGAGCACGCCAAAGAAGUCGACGAACUCCUCAAGCAAAAGGCUUAUUUCUACGUAUGCGGUGACGCGGCGAACAUGGCUAGAGAAGUCAACACCGUGUUGGCAAAGAUCAUGUCUGAGCAGAGAGGUAUCCCUGAGUCCAAGGCCGAGGAGAUUGUCAAGGGCAUGCGUUCUGCGAAUCAGUACCAGGAAGAUGUCUGGUCAUGA